AUGAGCGCCAAGCGCAAGGCGGAAAGCGAGCUGCGCGCCGCCAGCAGGCCGCGCGUCAUGAAGCCUCACAGCGAGUCCCGAGCCGACUCUGAAAGGGACUCCGGAUUCUCAGACGCGAGUUCGGAGCACACCGGCGCCAUGGACAACACCGACUCUGAGGACUCGCCGCGGCCUUUCCUGCGGCCCGAGGGUCAAAGGUCCGCUUCCGGGCAGCUGGCCGUGCUCGGGGGCUCGUACUCCAGCAUGUCACCCAUGAUCAUCAUGAACAACGUGCUCCUCAAACAGCAGCCCGGAGAAAGCGCCCCGCCCAUGAAGCCGUGGAGCUUCAGUCCCACGGUGGAGGUGGUCCAGCCGGUGGUCCAGCAGCCUCAGGUGGUCUUCCUGCAGCCCGUCGUCUCCCGCCAAGCUUCCAAGGAGGCCCCUCGACACCGGCGCCCCAAAAAGUAUCUUCCCAUCCUCAAGUCCUACCCCAAGAUUGCGCCGCACCCCGGCGACACUUCCUCCUCGGGGAGGGGGACCGCCUCCUCGUCCUCCUCUUCUUCAUGUUCUUCCUCGGGGUCUCAGCGGGAGCACGGUCCAAGAGAGGAGCAGCAGCAGCAGCAGAAAAGCCAGAGUCCUGUUCCGUCCGCAACCCCCGACAACACGCGCCCGCCGCAGACCCGACUCCCUCAAAUCGCCAGCGAGGCGCCUUCGCCGGCCACCGACCAAUCAGAGGUCUCCCAGUCUUUCUCCUCCCGCCCUCCGAGCCGCGCGAGCGUUCCGACGCCCCCGAAGGAUCCCUCGCCGGGCGAGCACAAGGGCGUCGGCGGCGACGACGACGGCAGCGCCGACACGAGGCGGAAGCGCUUCUGCAACACGUACAACAUCCUGAGCAAAUCGGGCCUCCUGGACAUCACGCUACGCACCAAGGAGCUCCUGCGGCAGAACCGCCGCACGCAGACGGACCUGGACCGCCUCCGGGAGCACACCGACCUCUUCCUGCAGGCGCUGCGCAGCGGCGACGCCGGCAUCUGCGUCAAGCUGCACGCCAGCCUUCAGGAGGAAGACGGGAAGCCGGGGGCCGCCAAGAAGGAGGAUUAG